AUGGCGCCCCGCAGGAGCGCGGCCACUGAGGCCGAGGAGCAGCAGGAGGAGGAUGCUGGCACCGUCCAGCUGCAGUUCGACGAGCCGCUGUCCUGGCGCCCCGGCAAGCCCAUCCCUCUCGAUACUCUCCUCAAAAGACUCGACCGCCUUACGAAGGAGCUGUCCGAGCUGGACCAAGAGACCAUCGAUACGUCCUCGCUGCAGAAGGUCGCAAAGGAGGCCGCUUCCCACCAGCUGCUCAACCACAAGGACAAGGGCGUGAGGGCAUACACCGCCUGCUGCAUUGUCGACAUCCUCCGCCUCUGCGCCCCAGACGCUCCGUUUACUCCGACCCAGCUGAAGGACUUUUUCAAUCUCACCAUUACCUCCAUCAUCCCCGCCCUGUUCGAACCCUCCCAUCCCUAUAACAACCAGCACAAGUAUGUUCUGCGCUCUCUCGCCGAGAUCAAGAGUAUUGUUCUGCUUCUCGACGUCGACGGGCAUGAAAACCUGCUGCUUCACCUGUUCUCUACCAUCUUCGAUGGCGUAUCCGGCUCCAAGACCCCAUCCGGCGAGACCAUCGCCAAGGAUGUCCAGUUCAGCAUGCAGGAACUCCUCGGGGUCCUUAUCGAAGAUGCCGGAAGCCUGCCAGCCAAGGUUGUGGAUGUUAUGAUGGCUCAGUUUCUCCGCGCUGCCGCCCCGGGAAUCGGCAGGGACAAGCACAACCACGUGCAGCUAGAUGAGAACCAGGCGACUCUCCUGGCUAAGGAGGAACCCGAGGCCUAUCAGAUCGUCAAGCAUCUGUGCCAGGCGUACCCCGACAAGAUGUCUCGCUUCGUGAGCCAGUAUUUCAGCGAUGUGAUCGUCGAUGCUACUCCUUUUCCCGGUAGCCGUGACAAGGAUGGAGAAGGUUCCGACGAGGAGGAAGCUCCCCAGGGCCCGUCCGAGGCAGAUUUGCGGGAGCUUAAGAAGGCCCAUACCUUGAUUCGUGAGAUCUGGAAGGCUGCUCCUCAGAUCCUGCAGAAUGUCGUUCCUCAGGUCGACGCCGAGCUGUCUGCCGACAAUGUACAUCUGCGCCAACUGGCCACCGAGACUCUGGGUGACAUGAUUUCGGGUAUUGGUGCCGCCGGUCCUCCUCCGCCACCGGUGCUGGACCCCGCUGCCUACCCUCCUCUCAGGCUGGAAGACGAGGACCGGGCAGAGAGCGCCCCUGCCAACAUCCUGACGACGCCGAUGUCGUCCAUCUCCUUUCCGCAGACCCACCGUUCUACCUUCCUGAACUUCCUCAGCAGGAAGAACGAUAAGGUGGCCUCCAUCCGUGCUGCCUGGACCACGGCUGUGGGCUACAUCCUCGCUACCUCGGCCGGUGGUAUUGGCCUGGGACGUGACGACGAGAACACCCUGAUUGAAGGCCUUGGUGAGAAGCUCUCAGAUAGCGACGAGAAGGUCCGCCUGGCCGCCGUCAAGGCCAUCGAGUGCUUCCGUUUCCGGGAUGUCAUCCUCAAGUUGGGCCCCAAGGGAGGCGUCAACAAGGAGGGUUCUGUCCUGUCUACCCUGGCCGACCGCUGCCGUGACAGGAAGCCGGCUGUCCGGGUGGCCGCCAUGUCCCUGCUGGCAAAGCUCUGGGCUGUUGGUACCGGCGAGCUGCUCGCUGGUCACGAGGCUGUCACCGCGGCUCUUGGGGGCGUGCCCAGCCGUAUCUACAACGCUUUCUACGCCAACGACCCCGAACUCAAUGUCCUGCUGGACCGCGUCAUCUACGAAUGCCUGGUACCCCUCUCCUAUCCUCCACAGCCUAAGAAAGAAAAGGGAGCAUCUAAGAGUGCCAUUGGCUCCAAUGGGACUUCCCAGCCUCAGGCCAGCUCGGCCUCGGCGCUGGACGAGAACGCGGUCCGGGCAGAGAGGAUACUCCUGCUCGUCCGCUCUCUCGACACGACUGCCAAGAAGGCCUUCUUCGCCAUGCAGGCCAGGCAGCCGCAGUUUGCCCACGUCCUGGAGACCUUCAUCAAGCAGUGUGACCUGUACAACGGUGGUGUGAUGGACAACAACGCCGACAAGAUCUCGGCUAACCUCCAGAAGACCAUUAAGUAUAUCGCCCAAUUCCUGCCUGAUGAGACCAAGACCACCCAGGAGCUGUACCGCUUUGCGAAGGCCAACGACCGCCGGAACUACAACCUGAUCCGCUAUGUGGUCGGUCCGGAGCAUGAUUUCAAGACAGUGCACAAGGCACUUAAGGAGUUGAUGAAGCGCAUCCAGUCCAGCAAGGACCCAUCCGUCCGCGACACCCUGCUGCCUCUCCUGUAUCGGUCUGGUUGCCUCAUGUUCAACCGCAGCCAUCUGGCUACUAUCAUGGAGUACUCGCGGUCUGAUAAGGAUGGUCUAGGUCCUGCUGCUCACGAGAUACUCAAUGAAAUCUCGCAGCGCAAUCCGGACCUGUUCAAGACCCAUAUCGGCCAGCUGUGCAAGGACUUGGUUGAUCAGGCUCCCACAGCGACCAAGCCAAAUGACCCUGUCGUCGUCGAGACUCUUAAGGCGUGCUCGGCAUAUGCCCGCAAGUAUCCUAAGGACGUCCCCGGCGAGCGGGACUUCACGCGUACCAUGAUCAACUAUGCCCUCUACGGCCAACCUCCCAAGGCCGCCAAGUACGCCGUCAACAUCCUGUGCUGCAAGAAAGACGAGCGUAGUCAGGUUAGCGCGACCGAGCUGCUGCAAAAGACGCUCAAGGAUUGGGAGUACGGCACGCCAGGCUCCCUCAACAAGCUGACCGCCAUCAGCCAGCUCGAACUCCUGGCCCCCAAGGUGACGGAGGAUGAGGACGAGAGGAUCCUCAACAUCACCGUGCAGCAGGUCCUUCUUGAGGUGCGGACUAACGCCAAGGGGGACGACCCUGACUGGGUCGAUGAUGCCGAUCUAGACGAGGAAUGCCAAGCCAAGUGCAUCGCGCUCAAGACCCUAGUCAACAGGCUGCGCAGCAUGGAAGAUGUGAGUGAAGCCAAGGAGAAGGCAAAGCCCGUCUGGAAGCUGCUGAUGAAGCUGGUCACUGCCAAAGGUGAGCUGUCAAAGAAGAAAGAGACGCCCAAGCACCAUCGGUCGCGGCUCAGGCUGUUGGCUGCGCAGUUGCUCCUCAAACUGUGCACGCAGAAGCAUUUUGAUGAUGAGUUGACCCACACCGACUUCAACGCGCUUGCGUUGACGGCGCAGGACGCGGUGCAGGAGGUUCGGCAUGGGUUUGUGCGCAAGCUGCAGAAGUAUUUAGCAGAUAACCGGCUGCGGUCACGGUUCUACACAAUCUUGUUCUUGCUUGCGUUCGAGCCCAACACCGAGUUCAAGCAGCGUACUGAGACAUGGAUCCGCUCGCGUGCCCGCUACUUUGCCGACCUCAAGCAGAACGUGCUCGAGUCGACUAUGGCCCGGCUGCUGUCACUGCUGGCCCAUCAUCCAGAUUACAACAGCUCUGAUCUAGACGAGCUGGUGGACCACGCGCGGUACCUGCUUUUCUACAUCAGCCUGGUUGCAACCGAGGACAAUUUGGGUCUGAUCUACAAGUAUGCGGAGCGCGUGAAGCAAACACAGGAUGCGCUGGACCAGGGCAGCGAUCGGCAUCAGGUGCUGAGCGACCUGGCGCAGGCAGUCAUCCGUAAGUGGCAGGAGAAGAAGAACUGGGUGCUGAAUGUGUACCCGGGUAAGGUCGGCCUGCCGGUGGGCCUGUAUAGUGCGCUACGGUCUCACGAUGAGGCACAGCAGAUUGCGGAGAAGCAGUUUGUGCCGGAUGGGAUUGACGAGAAGUUGGAUGAGUUGUUGAGGGCUAUGGAGAGGAAGAAGAAACGCAAAUCCGUUGACACAGGCGACUACUCCGCCAAGCGCCUCAAGGUCCAACAGCCCAAGACGACCUCAGCUGACUCCGACGAGUCGGGCAACGAAAAACGGCCAGCCAAGAGCCGCUCCUCCAAGAAAGCUGCCUCUUCUUCCUCGGGCUCUAAGCCCAAGAAAACACCCAAACCGAAAAAGACCCGUGAACCUUCCCCCGUCAUCCCCGAGUCAGAACGCCGCCGCAGCUCGCGCGCCCGUCCUAACCUUUCGUAUGUCGAGCGCGAUUCGGAGGAUGACGACGAGGAGAUGUUGGAUGGGGUUGCAGAGUGGGAAUAUGUGGAUGAGGAGGCUGAGGAAGGCAGUGGCGGGGAGGGAAAAAUUGAAGAGGAGGAGGAGGAGGAGAGUGAUGAUGAUGAUAGUGAUGAUGAUAAUGUGAGGUCUUCCAGGAGGGGGAAGAAGGCUAAGCGGCAGAUUGGGAGGGUUAGUCGCCCGAGGGUAGCUGUUAAGUCGAAGGAGGCGACUACUGAAAAGAAUGGUGCUGCCGCGGCGAGGGAGGAUAAUGAUUCAGGAAGUGAGCUGAGCGAGAUUUCAUCCGAGGAGGUUGGAGAUGUCGAGAUGGAGGAUGUUGGGGGGUCUAAAGAGGAAAGGGGGGCAUCUCCUGAACCAGAAAAGGAGAUGGAAGUUGUUGAACAUGGAGAGGAUGGGAGGGAGCAUGGGGAACUUGAGCCCGAGCCCAAGCCGGAGAAGUCUUCCCGCCCGACAAGGGCUGCGAAGCGGAAGCAAGCUGCUGCUACGGUGACCAAGCUACCUGACCGUUCUCGGGAGGGUCGGAGCAGACGGAGUGCGGCUGCCGCUGUUAAGGAUGAUGAGCAAGAAGAGGAGCAGGAGAAGGGAGAGAAGGAAGAGGCUGAGCAGCAACAAGCAGAGGGAGAAGAAGAAAACGGAGAAGAAGAGGAGAAGCCUGCUACAAGAAGGGGUGGCCGUGCCAAGGAGACCAAGGCGUCUUUCAAGGCUCAGGACAAGGACACUGAGGCCACAACGAAGGGCACUAGGAGGAGUGCACGUGGGAGGAGGUAA